AUGGCCCAAGCGCGAGCCUCUCCGUCGGGAGCGCACUUGUCCUACUCCACGCCGCCCAGCCCACUCUCUCUCGACGGCUUGCCGCACUCGUUGGAAGGUCGGGUGAGCAACCCUCCUCACGCGCCCACUCUGCAAGGCGCUGGUGUGGCGGAGGCGGCGGAGCUGACGGCGGCCCUGGGCGCGAUGGGCGGAGACGAGGAGAUGGCGGAAGAGGGUAGCUGUGAGGGCGGAAGGGGGUUGGAGUGGCGGCGAGUGGUGGCGAUGCUGAUGUCGGACACUAAGCACGCGAUGACUACUGUGGAUAGCGUCAUGGGCGGGCAGGGAGGGCAGGACGAGCAGCAGCAGCAGCAGCAGCAGCAGCAUCACGACGAGAUGCGAAACCAGCAGCUGUCGUACCAGCAUAUUGGUAUGCAUCAAGAACAGACGCAUUAUUAUCAAGCUGAUAACAAUAUACACGACGAUCACGAGAAGCAGCACCCAGGGCAGCGGCUCGGGACUGACACGGCGCAGUGUCACCAUCGCAACUGGCAGGCGACCCCAUCCGCGUCAUCUCCGCUCAAGCUCGUUAUACCCAUCCCGCGGCACCACGGGGAGACCCGCUCCGCAGCGAAUACCACAGCAGCACACGUCGGCGAUGGGCUCACGGCCCACCAAUUUCAGAGCCCGUGUCGACAACUUCAACGUUCUCCUGCGGCAACUCCCGUAUUCUCAAAUCCUGUCCGCGACGCACCACUGCCUUACGAUCCAGUCGAAAUUGCCAGCGACGGUAAGCCGCGCCGAGUCCCGCUUCGACACUGCGAACGGAGUCAGCCGCCCAGGCUGUCGCUGACGGAAGCUCGUCCGCACGAUCUGCUUGGCUCAGAGCAGCCUGCGCCGGAGGGAUGGCGAAGCAAGUCGAAACGACGCGCGGAAACAAUGGGGUCACCUCGUGUUCAAAUACCGUCGCGUGGCGUGCAGAUGGUGUCGCCUGGCGACGGGAUCGCGUCGCCUGCCGGCCUGACGUCCUCGCCUGGCGUUCGGAUGGCGACGUCCCCUGGCCUACAGUCGCCUCCAACAAUUCUGCUGGACGACAUGAGUGCACGGAGUGGGCGAAGCGCGACGAAGCGAAGGCGCGGACAUUCUGGUUCGUGGGAGGCUCGCGGAAGCAGCGCUUCCCCAGGUGGCAAUAGAGCGGUAGUUGCGGAGGAGGAGCGUCCCGCAGUCACUGCGUCGCCCGCCGCUACCGCCACCCCAUUCGAGGGGCCUGAUUGGCUGCACCACCUGCACUCGGGCAAGCUGCAAACGCUCCCCAUCAUGCUACGGAUGGAGACGACCAAGGAUCGCAUCUCGCUGCUACGACAACUCGUCGCACCCGCACUAACGAAGGGUGACACGGCGACAGUGCUUGGCGAAGUCGAACAGUUUGUGAGGGCAGUCUACGAAAAGCUCAAGGAGAUCAGCAACGGUCACGAGCAGCACGCCACGUUUCCCGCCAAAGAAAAUGCUGGGGAAUCCGCGGGGAUCGAUCUCAGCAGGGUGGUGCGACUAUCCGAUAAGGAGCCGCGCGCGUUUCUGUAUAAGAGCUUUCUGUCGGACGACGAGUGCGACCACAUCGUCAACAUCGCCACCGCUCGACUCGCCAGGUCAGCAGUGGCGGACAGCAGCAGUGGGCAGAGCGUGGUGAGCGGGGUGCGCACAUCAACGGGCAUGUUUCUCACCAAGGGCGAGGAUGACGUCAUCCGAGCCAUCGAGCAGCGCGUCAGCGAGUGGACGUUCCUCCCCGUGGCCAAUCAGGAGGCUCUGCAGGUCCUGCGGUAUGCUAUCGGGCAGAAGUACGACGCCCAUCUGGACUAUUUCUCCGACCCUGUCAACACGCAGCUGGGCGGGCACCGCUACGCCACGGUGCUCAUGUAUCUCAGCAAUGUGACUAAAGGCGGGGAGACUGUGUUCCCCACAGUGAAGGACGACACACCGAAAGACGACUCGUGGUCCGACUGCGCUAAGGGCGCUUUAGCUGUGAAGCCCUGCUCUUCUUCAACAUGCAUCCAGACGGCUCGCCUGACCCUUCCUCGCUGCACCACGCGUGCCCUGUACGGUGGUGGGAGCAGUGGUGGGGGUGGGGAGGGCAGCAACUGCCCGGUGGUGGAGGGAAUUAAGUGGUCGGCACCCAAGUGGAUCCGCAUGGGUGAUGUGACGGUGGCUCUAGACAAUGCUGCUACCCCCGCCUGCCAGGACAGCAACGCGUAUGGUGGUGGGAGCAGUGGUGGGUGUGGGGAGGGCAGCGCGUCCUCUGUGGUGGAGGGCAUCAAGUGGUCGGCACCCAAGUGGAUCGACAUGGGUGAUGUGACGGUGCCACUAGACAAUGCUGCUACCCCCGCCUGCCAGGACAGCAACGCAUAG